AUGGAGACUCUACCACCUAUUCCCGGAACGGUGCAGUUGGUUGACACUCAAGGAAUUCUCAACGUCACUCACGGUCAAGGAUGGCACGAUAUCGUCCUCGUUCCCCAGCCUACCGACGACCCCGAUGACCCUCUACGAUGGAGCAAGUCUCGUAAGAGGUCCGUCAUUAUUUGCGUGAUGACGUGGUGCUUCUUCAUCGGCGCUAUGAUCUCUGGGUUGUCGCCUGCCUAUAUUCUUAUUGAAGAAGCCACUGGGAUUUCUGUUGCAGAUUUGAGUACUGGCAAUGGCAUUCUAUAUCUUUUCAUGGGCUGGGGCACUCUGAUCACGCAGAGUUUGGCGCUCAAGUACGGCCGUCGCCUUAUGCUGGUGGUAUCUAUCAUCAUGGUAACUGGCAUGACGUUGUGGACUGCCUUCGUUCAGUCGGGAGGAGAAUUCUUUGCCAACCGCAUCUUACUUGGUAUCUCCGCUUCGCCACAAGAAACGCUCGUCGAAAUCGUCAUUGGAGACGUCUUUUUCACCCACGACAGAGGCUUUUACAUGGGCGCGUAUGCCUGGGCUCUCUUCUGCAGCGCCUUUCUAUCGCCUGUGGCCUCGGGUUACGUCGCUCAAUAUCUCGGUUGGCAAUGGAUCCAGUAUAUCCUGACCUUUGUCGGGAUAGCGGUCGCUCUCAUGGCCUUUUUUGUCUUUGAAGAGACCAUGUUCUUCCGCGACAACGCCUCAACUAUGACUGAGAUUCUCAGAGCUACCUCCAUGAUCAGCACUCCCAAACCGAUGGAAGAAAGUGUAGCCACGGAUAAAUCGAAGAAGAUCGACGAGAAGAAAACUUAUCCACCAUACGACCAAUCCAAUAUGCCCUCUUUUCAUGUUUCUGAGUUCAGUCCGGUCAGAAGCACCAAGACCUAUAUCCAGAAGCUCAAGCUCUGGGGCUUCCAUCAUCCAAAUCAACCCAACCCGUUUAAGGUCUUCUUUGUACCAUUCCAGCUUCUUUUUAUGUUCCCUGCACUGUUUUAUAGCGGACUUCUAGUCGGCGGAAUCCUUGCUUGGUAUAACUGUAUCGGUGGCUCCUUGGCAUUGGUUCUCGGUAAUGAGCCUUACAACUUUAGCACCAACAGUAUCGGCCUUGUUUCUCUCGCCUCCUUCACCGGCGUCACAAUUGGCUGCUGCUUCUCUGGAUGGCUGUCUGAUAUUAUCGCUAUCCGCCUAGCGCGCCGCAAUGGAGGGAUCAUGGAACCCGAGCAACGACUCUGGAUCAGCCUUAUCGCGCUUGUCAUACAUCCGGCUGGCUGCCUCCUUUACGGUGUCGGCGCAUCGUACGGGAUACACUGGUCUGGGGUAGUUAUUGGCCUUGGCCUGAUGACCGCCACGCUCCCCAUGGGAUCGAGUCUCGCCUAUACCUAUAUUCUUGACACCUACAGAGAAAUGGCGGGAGAAGGUCUCGUGUCUGCAAUCCUCAUUCGGAACUUGAUGGGCUUCGCAUUUGGCUACGCUAUUGUACCAAUGAUGAACAUCCUGGGCGUCUGUUAUGCCUUUGUCUUGAUUGCUAUCUUGGGAGAGAUUGUGUGGUUAACCAGCAUAGCGAUGAUCUAUUUCGGUAAGCCCUUGAGGCGGUGCACUGCACAGAAAUACUGGAAUUUUGUCGAAAAGCACGAGGCAAAGGCGCAUUGA